AAUCUGAACUCAGAUGUUAGAAGGUGUCAUUGAAGACUGUACUGCACAUCCACUUGGUACUGGUCAUCUUCCCUGAACCUGCAAAGGACGUAGAAAGUAUUAAACUGAAAGAGCUCGGCAUUUGUGUUGACGGACGCAACGCUCGUGGGAAGAGGAACCGUCGUCAAAAUAGUACAGAGUUGGUGGCCCUUUCUGAUCUGGAGACAUAGUUGCCUGGAGGGAACCAUUCAGAAAUGUGGAGUACAUUUGCACGUUGCGCCCUGCAGAGGAGCACCUCUGCCAUGGCCUGCCAGGCUCUGAGGGCUUGUCGUAGACCAGGGCAGGCUGCUGGUCCACUACCCUCUUUCCUGACUUCAGUGCAACUUCGUGGGCAGCAGACCCUAGGGUCAGCCUCCAUCCCUCUGGCUCGCCACUCAGUGAGGCAUGUCCGGACUCUGGAUCAGGAGAGGCUGAUGGAGGUGGAGUGGGAGGAUGGAGGCCACAGUCUGUACCCAUUCACCUGGCUGAGAGACAGCUGCCAGUGUCCACUGUGUACCCUGGAGUCGGCUCAGGCCCGGAAACUGUUGAUGUCUGAUCUUGAUAUCCACACAGGUGUCGACGUUGUGGAGGUCACCAAUGACAACAAGGUGUCCAUUGUGUGGCCCGACCAGCACACCAGUGUGUUUGAGACAGAGUGGUUGAAGAAACGCUGUUUCUCUCCUGCUGCCAGGCGAGCAAUGCAAGAAGAGCUAUUCCUCAACGAGCGUUAUUAUUGGGACUCCAAACUGUGCAUUCCCACAGCUGACUACCAGGAAGUCCUCCAUGACGAUAAAGCUGCGCUGGCCUGGCUAUUGGCCCUGCGUCGUGUUGGCAUUGUGUACCUGAAGGGGGCUCCGGCAGAGCAAGGCCAAGUGGCCAGACUGGCUGAGAGGAUUGGCUAUCUCAGGCUGACAUUCUAUGGGCACACAUGGCAGGUCCAGGAUAAAUACAUGGCAAACAACGUAGCCUACACUUCAGAAAAGCUUAGUCUCCAUACAGACUACCCUGCAUUACACUUCGCACCUGGAGUGCAGUUUCUGCACUGCAUCAACCAGGCUGUGGAAGGAGGCGAGAGCGUGGUGGUGGAUGGCUUCCACAUGGCCGAGCAGCUGCAGAGAGAAGACCCAGAGGCCUUCCGGACACUCACCUCGCUCCACGUGGACUUCUCCGACACGGGUACGGACUACUGCGACUUCAUGCUGCAGUCCAAGAAAUGCAUCAUCGACGUUAAUGCCGAGGGCCGAGUCGUGAGGAUAAACUACAACAACGCCACCAGAGAGUCGGUGCUGGACCUCCCCUUACAUCAGGUUCAGCCCUUCUACAGAGCACUAAAGGCCUAUGUGGAUAUCAUGAACCGACCAGAGAACGUGGUCACCUACAGAAUGGAGCCAGGCGACAUAGUGACCUUUGAUAACUGGCGUCUGCUGCACGGGCGGAGGAGCUACAUUAGCAGGCCAGACAGGUUGCGACACCUGGAGGGCGCCUACCUGGACUGGGACGAAGUCAUGUCUCGCCUCCGGAUACUCCGCAAGGUCCACGAGGACGCUUGAGGUCCAGAAACGCAGCCAAAUUCAAAUGGGAAGCUUUACAGCCUUUGCAGAGAACUUAAACUAUAUUGUGGGGCUCUUAAAAAGGUGAGAUGACACAGGGCAAAGUGCAAAGAUAUUUAAAUAUCUGACAACAGGUCAAGAGCUAAGUCUCUGCCUCUGAAGUAGUCAAGCAUCAAAUCAUUAAUGAAACAAUUAGACAAAUUACUUACAAGUUUAAAUGUCAGCAACUUUUCAAACAUGUAACAUAGUGCAACACUUCAAUGCAAAGAUCAGGAAUGGUUAAAUGUGCUUUUGGAUUAGUCAUAGUGACUAGUGUCAAGUUUUUAUAAGCUUAAAUUUAAGAGGUUUUAUACAUUGUCCUGGGUACUCCACAUUAUGAUAUUGUGUAAUUUAAGUUUUCUAAGCUAAUUUAUCAUUCCCAGUUUUCUGGUUAAAUAUUUGGCUCAAGACGUCCUGGCUGUUUCCAAAAUCACCCCCUCUUUACUAUAUAACACACUAUGUACGCUGCCAUUUUGUUUGACUAUAAAUCAUGAGUCCAAAAUUUCUAUUUAUUGCCCCCUACAGCAUAUAGUAAGCUGUUGAGUGUCUAUUACUGUAUAUAGGGAGUAGUGAACGAGGGAGUGCUUUCAGACACAGCCCAGAUGUAAAUUUUGUUGUAAUACUUACAUCCAAGUUUUUUUCUUCUUACCGCCUGCUACAGUAUCUAGCUACCUCUACUGUUUAAAUCAGUGCCUACACAAAGGAUGUGAUGUCCUUGACGAAUUCAAAAUUGCCUUAAGCUACAGUAGCUGUACUAGAAGUGGUAGUAAGAAGUAACUGUAUUUUGGUUGAACUGACUCUCGAAAUGUACAGUUGCAAGGACGUGUACUUAACCACCGUGGCAUCUGGCCAAACAAAGUUUUCACUGGACAGUGAAAACUUUGUUUCCAAAUUUAGUGAUUUUAAAUUUUUUGUUUGGAAAAUUCCAAAUAAAUCAUGUAAAAACACAUCAGAUUAGCUGAAAAAUGUAUCGUCACAAAGCUGAAAUGAAAAGUUGUCCUUUUGGAGGACAGCGACGAUACAUUUUUGAAACUCCUGCUAGUGCCUGAAUAUGAUCGGGGUGGAUAGAUUUGUUUGUGGUGCACAAAGGACUGACAAAACAAUGUCCUGUUUAACUGGAUAAUCCACAGAUUUCUCUGUGGAACUACGUUCUACCAAAGAAAUAGUUCAUUAUUUAUACAGCGCCAAUUCAUAACAGAAGUUAUCUCAUUGCACUUUUCCUAUAGAGCAGGUCUAGACCGUACUCUUUAUAAUAUUAAUUACAAAGACCCAACAGAUCUCACCAUGAGCAAGCAUUUGGCAACAGUGGCAAGGAAAAACUUCCUUUAAGAGGCAGAAACCUCGGGCAGAAUCAGACUCAAUGAGAGAGAGAGAUUUGUGGAUUAUUCAGAGUAACAGGAACUAUUUCAACGAAGACACAAUGCUGUCUUUUCAAGUGUAAUUCUUCAAUGUUUUGAGCAGCAUACAUUAAAUUUAUUUCACCCCCAUUGUACUGGGAUGUGGGCAGAAGUUUCAGAAAAAGGUAUCUUGAGCAUCCAAGAUCCUAUCUGCAGGGUUAAGUGAUAAAAUACUACUCAGCACCUUGAUACAAGUAAAAUGAUGCUUAAAAUACCCAUAAACUGUUUUUAUGAUAUUAAACAGCACGAUGUGCUCAUGUUUCAAUAUG